UGUUUCAUCACUUUAGCAAAAAUUACUUUAGCUUUGUGUUUUGGUCUUAUAUAAAUACAGCAAUUGUCACUUCCUUCUACUUUAUUUAUGAAGCUAUGUGCAACUGUAUCGACUAGAAUAAAACAACAUAAAAGUUAGUUAUGAGGGCCUCACUUUUGAAAGCUUUUGUGUUCUCAGCCUGCUGUUUCUCUGUGGAUUGCUGGGGCUGGGGAGGAGGCAGCAGUUCUUCAAGAAGUUCAAGUUCUGCAAGAAGUUCAAGCUCUGCAAGAAGUUCACUUUCUACAAGAAGAACUGGUUCGUUAGUAGAAACUGGUUCCUCCAGCGGAUUCGGUUCAGGAGGAUUUGAUUCUUUUGGAGACAGUGGUUCUUCCAGUCCUUCGAGAGGAACAUCUGUAAAUGCUAAUGUAGGAUUGACAAAUGGUCUUCCAAGUGCCUCAGUCGGAGUAACACAUCAAGGGAACGGUUGGUCUGGCUCAAUAACAGGAACUGUUGAUAUCGAAGGAAACACUCAAGUAGAAGCUGGCGUCUCCUUUAAGUUUCGAAAAAGGAGCGUCCAAUGGAUGGGUAACCUUUACAAUAUCACACUUCAAGUCAGUCCAUGCAAUUUCUAUACUUAUGACGACAAUCGGGACGGAGCAAUCACUAAAGAUGAAAUGCAUGCUAUCUUCGGAAACAGUGAGAAGUCUGAUGCUCUCUUCGAAGACUUGGAUGCCGCAACAGUAGAUGGUAUUGUUGAAGAAGAAGAGUUCUAUGAAAUGGCACCUGUGACCAUUACUGCAUGCGUGGACACUGACGAGGAAUAGGAACAACUCAUACGAUUUCUGAGCAUUUGUGAAUAUAAACAGAUACGCAACAUGCGCAUGCAAUGAUAAGAACAUACAUUAUAUUUCUUUUACUACAUUACUGAGAAGUAAACUAACACUACAAAGGCUGUAAUUGCAUUUUAACUAAAGAUGUGCGUGUUUGUCAUUAACUUAUAAAAUUCUGAUUGACGAGUGCUUUCUUCUAGAUGUGACUGUUUUGAGUAACUCCUGGCUUAUUAUUAAUACAUUGAUGAACACCAGAUUCUAAGACGACCAACGUAACCCCUCGGGCGGAAAGAUGUAUUAUCUAUUUUGAUACAGACAAAGACGAGUUUUCUUUUUACAGAAAAGCAGUAUAAUAUUUAGUUGAUAAUAAAAAUAUCUGACUUUUUAUGAUUCAAAUCAUUAUGCGAUCGUUUGUAGUUCCCUACAUUGGAAAUGACCAGCACAUAUUUCAAUAAACAUUAACUUGAAAUGAAUAUUUAUUAAUCUUUAUAAAAGUUGCAAUAUACACAGUUAUAAUACAAUAUAUAUAGAUAAGAUGGUAAGAAAUACAAGACGUUAGGUUGUACCUUUUUAUUGCUUUUGAUAUGUGUUUGUUCACUAAAUCUUUUCAUAAUUCUAAUGAUAACAAUGUAUUAAUAAACUAUCUACUUAUAAAUUAAAUGCAAAUCUCA